AUGUCGGCCUCGUUAGGUCAGCGCCUGCAGGCACUUGCCGACACCCAUAGGGACACCCUCAGUCUCAUCCAUGAACUCCGGAGGCUCGCCGCCAACUCAUAUACAAAUGGAGACCCGGAGGAACGACGAGUCGAACUUGCGACCGAAAUCCACAACAGCCUCAAGGAGCAGGAAGACAGCCUGGAAAUCCUGAGGCAAGAGCUCGAUGACGAUAUAUUACCAGUGCACCGACGCGAUGUUCUUCAUGGAGAACGAGAAAGCGAACGAGAGCGAAAUGCAGACCUAGUGGCCCGACUUACCGAGGACUUGAAGAUUGCCAGGGCCGACUUCCGACGGGCACAACUCGAGGCUAAGAGGAAUUUGGACAAAGCAAAGAGGAAGGAGAGAGAGCAGUUGUUCGCGGAUCGAAAUAGUAGUGACGGACACACUCGCGCACGACCAACACAUGAGAAGCUGACGCAGGAUGAAUUGGCCCUGCGCGCGGCGGAGGACGUCACUAUGGCACUGCGACGCGUGCAUAACCAACUCGAAGGAGAACUUGCACGGUCGCAAUUCGCGCAACAGACGCUGGAAGAGAGUCAACAAGCCCUCGAAUCUCUGACCCAGAGCUAUUCGGGGACAACCGACUUGUUGAAGGCGUCGAGAAGUUUCGCCAGUCAGUUGGUGCGCAGUAACAAAUCCGACACAUGGUUCUUGAAGAGCUCGUUCUACUUGUUGGCCGUGACUAUAUGUUGGCUUUUCUACAGAAGACUCCUCUACGGGCCGAUGAUGCUGCUCAUAUGGUGGCCCAUACGUAUUCUGUGGUGGACAACCUCAAGCAUGGGAGCAGCCAUGCUCGGUCGUUCGGAUCUAGCACCGUCCAAAGCUCAAGCGCCGUCGAUGUCGGUCUCGAUACCUGGAAUGAACACUAGGGGAAUGCCGACGCACAACCCGGCCAUGCCCCAACGAAGUGUGGAGUUGCCGGCCAAAGGUGGAGGAUGGAAUAGACAACCUGCUCAGCCAUCGAAAGAUCCAAAUGAUCCAGAGAGUAUCCUCGAGGAGAUUGGACGCAUGGCCGAAGAAGGAGGUGUCAAUAUUGAUGAUGUAACGGGUGAAGAACGCAAAGAUCAAGAAGCACAACCGCGGAACACAUUGAAGCGAAUGAUGGAGGUAGAGGUGGAAACACCAACAGCAAAAGACGAGUUAUGA